UCGUAUUCAUCCUCUUCUCCACCCUCCAGACUCAAAAUCAGUAGUCAGUAGAUGAGUCAACUCACUAUUCACACAUCUCUUCCCUUUCCAUUGACAAGAACCGCUAAUCCAGAACCUCCCACUUGUUCUUUUUCAUCUACUACUACUAGCCUCAGAGACAAAAUUCCCCAAAUUGCAUUUUCUUCUCCUCAAAUUUCACAACUUUGGACCGCUUCAGAGCUCGCGGAGGCCGUCAAUGGUAGAAUCUUGCAAUGGGGGCCUCCGGGACCAAUCUCUACCGACACCCGAACUCUCAAACCGGGCCAGUGGUUCCUCCCACUCGUGGGCCCCAACUUCGAUGCCAACACCUUCAUUUCGCCUCAACUCUCCGCCCAGGGAUGCGCCGGGGUGAUUGCGAACCGGGUUUGCGAGAAUUGGGACAAGGGUUUUGUGCAGGUGGGUGGAAAUACUAGGGAUUCUCUUAGAAGCCUGGGAAUGUACGCAAGAAAUAGAUUCAAGGGUUGUUUGAUUGGCAUAACUGGGAGUGUGGGAAAAACCACCACUCGCGCUAUGGCGGCAUUGGCUUUAAAAACCAUGGGAACUGUUUAUCAGAGUCCGGAGAAUUGGAACAAUGAAAUUGGGGUUGCACUAUCCCUGAUUGGAAUGCCCUGGGGUUCAGGGUUUGGAGUGUUGGAGCUUGGGAUGAGUGGUAAAGGAGAGAUCUUGGAGCUUGCCCGGAUUUGCAGGCCGAAUAUCAGAGUGAUUUUGAAUGUGGGUGCUGCACAUUUGGAGAAGUUUGGGAAUUUGGAGGAUGUUUCAGUGGCAAAAGGGGAGAUUUUGAGAGAGGCAAAGAUGGGAGAUGUUUGUGUUCUAAAUGCAGAUGAUCCUCUUGUUAUGAACCUUCCAGUCCCUGUGGGCAUUAAGAAGGUACUAUUUGGUCGAAAAAUGGGCUGUGAUGUUCGGUUAGUUUCGUCACAUAUGAUAGAUGGUGGUCAGAGAGUACAAAUUGUAUUAGAGAAAAACGAUGAGAUGGUUGAAUUUGUUGUUUCAGGUCCAGGCCUGCAUUUGGCCCAGAAUGCAUGUGCAGCUGCAGCAGUGGCCAGUUUCUUGGGUGCCCCUCUUGCCCAAGUGGGAAAUGCCUUAUCUAAUUUCAUGCCCAUUGCCAGGAGGUCAGAACUCGAAGUUGCAAAAAAUGGCGUGAAGAUUAUAAACGAUGUUUACAACGCAAAUCCGGUUAGCACGAGAGCCGCCAUCGACUUGUUAAGCGGCAUUCACUGCGAAGGUAAAAAAGUUGCCAUACUAGGAGACAUGCUUGAACUCGGGCCAAAAGAGAUAACUUUCCACGAAAUGGUUAUAAAGCAUUGUUAUGAAGCCCGUUUCGAUUUGGUUGCACUUGUUGGAAGGAGGUUCGAGAUAGCAGCCGAGAAUUUUAGCAGUUCUCGGGGGCUAAAUGUGUUGCAUGCUAUGAACGCUCAAGAGCUCGCCUCUGAGAUUGUCGGCCUCUUAAAUUGCGACGACGUUGUUCUUGUGAAGGGUAGCCGCGGAAUGCAAAUGGAGGUAAUUGUUGAAGCCAUCAAGUGUAUACAGAUUGGGUUCCGGUCUUAAGCCGCGGCGAAAUGAUGUGUGUGUAUGAGACGGAUCAAGUGAGAACCAAGUGUUUGGGAGAAAACUGAAAACCAAUCAUAGUCGCCCACGUGUUUAGAUUUAACGGAUAAAAAAUAUUAUUUUUUAAAUGUGGUGGCAUUUUUGUAAAUAAUUAAACUUUGAAAU